AUGGCCAUUCGUUUUCCUGUUUUUGCACAAGCAAAGCAUAUUUUGUUACAAUCGAAAUUGUUUGCAAAUCAAGCAGCUUCAGUGUCUUCAGAUGUACCAAAAGGGUACCUUGCGGUCUAUGUCGAGGAGAGCCAAAUGAAGCGAUUCUUAAUUCUAGUCUCAUUCUUGAAUCAUUCUUCAUUUCAAGAGUUGCUUAGUCAGGCUGAGGAAGAACUCGGAUUCAGUCAUCCUAUGGGUGGUCUCACAAUUCCUUGCAGAGAAGACAUCUUCAUAAACCUUACUUUUCGCUUAAAUCAAUCAUAA